AUCGUAUACAAAAAAGAAGAGGUAAAAGAAAAGGAAGGAUAUUACACUGGAGAAUUGCAUAGUGACUCUGAUCCCGAAAAUAAAGUACAAUCUGAGGAACCAGGUCCCGCAGCGUACUUAGCCCAGACGGAUGAACAAGAAGAAGAUGAUGAUAACGAUGUGUUCGUAGAAGUGAUGGAAGAAUUGCCAGAAGAAGAUAAUGGUAUGAUGAUAAGAGAAGAAUUACCGACGACGAGUAACGAAGAAGUGGAGUAG